CGGGAUGUCUUCGUCUUAUCUCAAAAAGUUGAAAUAAAGUAUUUUAGGCGCUUGAGAAGUGCAAAUUAUUGUGUUUUGUCAUAGCGUUAUAUUCUAGUUUUGUUUUACAUGAAAUUGUGUCGUGUGCAUUGACUUGGUUUUUAUACGUAAAAGCUAGGAGCAGGCUUUGUGCAAUAAUGCUUCCUCCAAUAUGAAGGAGAUUAUGAAGGAGAUGGUUGGUGGUUGCUGUGUGUGCUCGGACGAGCGAGGUUGGCCUGACAACCCGCUUGUCUAUUGUGACGGAAAUGGGUGUACGGUUGCAGUGCAUCAAGCCUGCUAUGGAAUUAUUGCUGUACCAACUGGCCCCUGGUACUGCAGGAAGUGUGAGAGUCCAGAAACCAAAGGAAAAGUCAGAUGUGAGCUGUGCCCGUCCAAGUCGGGUGCACUGAAACGCUCUGACACAGGAGGCUGGGCGCACGUUGUCUGCGCGCUUUACAUUCCAGAAGUGAGAUUCGGCAACGUAACAUCCAUGGAGCCUAUAGUUCUCAGGCUUAUUCCUCCAGAACGGUUCAACAAGACAUGCUACAUUUGUCAAGACAUGGGAAAAACACACCGCGCCAACGCCGGUGCUUGCAUGCAGUGCAAUAAAUCUGGAUGUAAGCAGCAGUUCCACGUGACCUGCGCUCAGAGCCUCGGGCUGCUGUGCGAGGAGGCGGGCAACUAUCUGGACAACGUCAAAUACUGCGGCUACUGCCAACACCACUACAGCAAGCUGAAAAAGGGCGGUAACGUGAAGACGAUCCCGCCGUACAAGCCAGUUUCGCAUGACAGCCAGUCGGAUGACUCGAGCGAGCGGGAAGACGAGGCGUCACCAGCCACUGGCGGCGCAACUCCUACUCACGUGGCAAAAGCUAAAGGGCCCGGUCGAAAGACCUCGCAUUCAGGAGGUGCUGCGUCAGGCAAAAGCACACCAAAUUCGGCUAAGAACCCUAAUAGUGCAACCCAAUCUAUGGAGACCUGUCAAGACAGGACGGAGACGGCUGCGAGUCGCAAACAUAAAGCCGCUGACAAAAAUAAAAAGAAGCCAUCGCCGUCUCGACGCGGCUCCUCCGCGGGCGACGGCGGCAGUGGGAGCAAAUCCCAUACUCCGGCUCCGUCGCCGCAACACUAUCCGGAAAACACGGUGCAAGGACCAGCUCCGAAAGCUCCUGGCGGCUCAACACCGACUGCGAAGAUUCCGCUACCAUCAGCGUCGCCGAGCCAAGCUGUUAAGCCGCCUGAGACGGGCGGCGUCAUUAGUUCCGUUGCCUCGGCCACAGCUUCCAUUGUGUCCGUACCUUUGCUGCAAACCACAUCGACAACAACUUCGGUAGUUCAAACUGUCACGUCGAAGACUAUGUACCAAGAGUCGGUGAUUACCAACGCGGAGGCGAUGGACAUCAAGCAGACCAAGAAGCGAAAGGCGGUGGCUGCCAGCAACAUGGCCAUGCAGGCAGCGGAGUAUGUGGCCACCACACCGCCGACUACGGCAACCGAGACAAACGUGCACAGUGGCAACACCACGUGGGAGCAAGGGUCAUCCGGCCAGGGUGUCAGUGAGACAACUGUGGAAGAGAAGGUCCUCAAAAAGGCGAAAACCGACGGUACGGAAGCAGCGGCCACUCCGGCGCACUUCUCAAGUCUUAGUCCGGCGCCUCCCCCGCCGCCGCCGCCUCCCGCAUUCAGCCCAGCAUCGCAGCCAAGCCCGAGGCAUCCGCCGAGCCCAAUGCCAGGCCCGAGUGGUCUCAACCAAGUCUCCAACAUUCGCUCGCCGUCUCAACUGCAGAUCCCGUUGCCGCCUGAAAUGAGCGGACACUCUCCGCACAUAUUCCAUCAGCCGCACAAACAGGCUGCGGUGGACCCGAGUCACUCACCGCACAGUGUUGGAUCGCGUGGCGUCUGGGGUGGACUCAACGUGGCCUACGAGUUUCAAGACGCUAACAAACCAGGUGUAAGCGGAAUGGCCGGUACCAGCAAAGACGCCAACGUUGGGACGAGCAUUGGAUCGAUGCCUGCAGCUAUGCGCAACAAAAAACGCGCGGCGAUGGCCGCUUCAGUGGUAUCGAUGAACACUCCGCCGCCAAUCCUAUCGACUGCGACGCACUCUCUGGCCAGCGUCCGACGGCAGCCUCAGCCAACGCCGCCUCCGCUCUACUCCGAGGCCAUCAAGGAGUCGCCGCCGAGCUCGCCUAGUUCAGAGCGCACCUUGAAGCCGAAAAUUGAAAGGAUCGGGGCGAAUUGCACGGCGCCUCACAUGCUGGGCAACGAGCUCAACUUGGAGAGCGGUGCGGCCGCGCGUUUGCAGGAGCAGUUGUCGGCGGAGCUGGCUGCGCACGCCGCCAACACCGCCGCGCAGGACAUGCUGGUGCCGCCGCCACUCAUCAAUAAGGCUGGCCCGAGCGCGUUCACCAGCACCGGCCGCAGUACUUCGAGCGCUCAAAGUCUCGAUCAGCUGUUAGAGCGACAGUGGGAGCAAGGCUCGCAGUUCCUCAUGGAGCAAGCUCAGCAUUUCGAUAUAGCGUCGCUGCUAUCGUGCCUGCAUCAACUGCGCACCGAAAACGUGCGGCUCGAGGAACACGUCGGAAAUCUCUUGCAGCGCCGCGACCACCUCCUAGCGGUGAACGCCCGCCUGGCCAUCCCGCUCACUACAGUGAUGGCCGGUCCUGGAGAGCCGCCACGAAUUCCUCGUGAGAACGGUGGUCAGCUGCGUGCACCCCCUACGCCCGUACGCACUGAGACCAUCACCUCUGACCGGCCCCAGCUGAUCAUGCGCGAGGCGGGCUCGGGCGCCAAGGGUGGGCCCAGCUGAAAUGAGCAGGGCGGCGGGCGCGGCGGAGACAAUCCGCCCGCGCCGGCCCCGCUGGGCCCCAUGCGCUCUUACCUCGUGCUGAGAAGAGAGCAGCGCCGGAGACACGACUUCUCUAUUGAUGCUAUACUCAACUGCGACCAUUAGACGUAACAAUCAUUACGCAGCUAUUUUAAAUAGACACAGACACAUGCACGGUUUUAUAUGUUCGGGAUGACAUCCCAUUUUUGUACUAUCAAUUACGGACGUAUUUAAACCAAAAGCAAUCCAACUGACAUCGAAGUAGGUUUAAAACGAUUAUGCCCUAAUGAUUGAGGCGAUGCCUAAUGAAACGUAUCAACGACUGGGCAUAUACAUAGAUUAGGCGUUACGUAUUUUAUGCAUUGCCUUGUUCGUUGUUAGUGAAAACGGGCAUUAGGGCCUUGCAAAUGUACCGCGCAUAACUUCGGAAUAGGCAUGCAAUGUUUAUUCGCUCUUUGCGAUUUGAAAGUUUCUAUCCCUUUAAGUGUGUAGUAGUAGAGUGUUUUGAAACAGAGCUCGUCCGGGGAAGUACUACCGCCAUGCUUAUUUCUGC